AUGUAUCGCUUGUUUUUCUCUUCACUUCCCAUUGCUGCCCUCCUUUUCUGGCAAGCAUUACGUGACACCCAGGCGUCGCUUCUCCGCCAAGUCUAUCAAUUUCCUCAUGGUACCUGGGUCGAGAAUAUUGCUGUUCGACCAAAUGGGAAUCUCUUGGUGACACUAGUGAACCAACCCGAGUUGUGGGAAAUCGUGUCACCCCAUCAGCCUGAAAGCACCCGAGCGCACCUCAUCUACCGUUUCGACGACGCUGGAAUGGCAACAGGAAUUACCGAGAUCACUCCCGAUGUUUAUGUGGCUCUGACACCCAACCGUGUCUGGGAGAUCGACUUGACAAAAGCAGCUACCCGCACGAGGCUGAUUGCUAACAUUGACAAGGCUGGAUCCCUAAACGGAAUGACGCUGCUAAACCAGCAAGAGAGGACAGUCGCUACUGCCGAUUGCCAGCUGGGCGUUGUAUGGCGCCUCAACACCAAGAAUGGCAGCCAUACUGUUAUGCUGCAAGAUGAAUCAAUGGCAGCAAAUGUUGAUCUCGGCCCCUUGCUUGGGAUUAAUGGCCUGAGGAAGCAUCAGGACUAUAUUUAUUACGUCAACACCCCACGAGGACUAUAUGGACGUGUGCGUGUAGACGCGAUCAAUGGCUAUGCCCUAGGUCCCUAUGAGAUCAUCAGCAAGGGAGUCAUGGCAGAUGACUUCGUUAUCAGCCCUCGCGGCGUUGGGUAUCUGGCAGGAGUUGCGGAGAACGCCAUCUUUCGGUCUCUUCUCAAUGGGACGCAAGAGAUGGUUGCAGGAGGUCUCGGCCGCACCGCUGUGACAAGGCCUACGUCGGCUGCUUUCGGACGAAACGAAGAUUCGAAUAUUUUAUACAUUACCACUGGAGGAAACACGAGUGAUCUAACUACUUACAACGGGAAGGGGGAAAUUCUGGCCUUGAAAUCCAAUCCAUUAGAAGAAAUGUGA